UCUCCCAUCAUCGUUGGCAUUAGCCAGGUGUCCGACCUCUCCUCUAUAAGCAGGCCGAGGAGGAAAGAGAAACAACCCCUCUUCUUUCUAUCUGCACGAUUCAAUAUGGACGAGAGUUCGUACGGUCAGGAAUCAAGCGCCAACAAAUCGAUCUCGACAUCGCCGGAGAUCGAUGGCCUCCUAGCCGGCGUCGGAUAUGCUAUUCGCCCCUCCGAUCUCCCUCACGUUGCCGAGCGCCUCGAGAAGCUCGAUUCUGCCAUAAUAGCAGCCGCCGCAGCCGGCCUCCCGCCGGAAUUUCUCUGCUCUGACGCCGUCCAUUACAAUCCCUCCGAUCUCGCUGCCUGGGUGGACUCCAUGUCCAUGCUUACCUCCUUAUCUUCCCCCCCAACCCACCCCGCUACCGCACCUUGGCCGGUCCAGAUCUACGCUCCUGCCCCUCUUUCUACACCCACCGUUGAUCUCCUCGCUCCAGAGGACGCUGGUAUCAACCUUGUUCACCUCCUCAUGUCCUGCGCGGACUCAAUCCAUCGCGAUGACCAUCCAUCCGCUUCAAACCUAAUCCACGAGAUGCAGAUCCUGCUUCCACGGGUCGGCACAGCAUUUGGCAUCGGGAAGGUCGCUGCCUACUUCAUCGACGCCCUCGACCGCCGCCUCCGAUCUCGACCUUCGCCGCCGGCCGAGGACGAGAUACUUUACCACUAUUUCUACGAAUCCAGUCCCUAUCUCAGGUUCGCUCACUUAACCGCGAACCAGGCGAUUCUCGAAUCAUUCAACGGCUUUGAUCGUGUCCACGUCAUCGAUCUAAACCUGAAGCACGGCCUCCAGUGGCCCGCGCUGAUCCAAGCCCUUGCCCUUAGGCCAGGCGGUCCGCCGUUUAUCCGGCUCACCGGUUUCGGGCCGCCAGCGAUCUGCGAGGUCGGCCGGCGGCUCGCGGACUUUGCCCGGUCCGUUAACGUGCCGUUCUCCUUCACCCUACUAGAUGAAAUCCAGCCGAACUUGCUCCGAGUUGAACCAGGUGAAACGGUGGCGGUCAACUCCGUUUUACAGCUCCACCAGUUUCUCUCUGACCCGGGUUCUCCCGGCCCGAUCGAUUCGGUGCUAAGCUGGGUCAAGGCACUCCGGCCCAGGAUCGUGACUGUGGUCGAACAGGAAGCGGACCACAACCGUCCCGGCUUUCUCGACCGGUUCACUGAAGCGUUGUUCUACUACUCAACUGUGUUCGACUCGUUAGAAUCCGCUGCAGCCGGUGCCGGACCGGAGGUUUACUUGCAGAAGGAGAUCUGCAACAUAGUUUGCUGUGAUGGGGAGGAAAGGGUCGAGCGGCACGAGCCGCUGGCGAGUUGGAGAGCUCGCUUCGGCCGGGCAGGGCUUUGGCCCGUUCCUCAUGGUUCGAGCGCAUUCCGGCAGGCGAGCAUGCUACUGACGCUCUUUCCCGGUGAAGGAUACAGCAUCGAGGAGGUGGAAGGAUGCCUGACGUUGAGCUGGCACGGGCGGGCCGUCAUCUCGGCGUCGGCAUGGCACUGCGGCGAUGGCGUAGAUGCGCCGCCGCUGGCCGGCAAUAUUUUUUUUAAUGGGUAUAGCGGUUCUGACCGGCGAGAGUAGUGUAAGUAAUCGUUGUCUUGGUGGAAUUGGUUCCAAAGAGAGAACCUAGUUUGUAAUGUGAAGUUGUGAAAUGUUAAUAGAAAUUGUAAUUAUCCUCUUUUUUUUUGUACUAAACAUGCCAAAUAUUUUUUAGGGUAUUC